GGUCUGGACUCCUAGUGGAAAAGACAAGCGAGGCAUGGGUUGGCUCUGGAUUCAGAAAACAGCUGCUGAUUAGAUUCUGUGUCUGCAGGCUGAAUUUAUUCCGUGUUUUUCAGCAGCACGAAUUCAAGAGGGAUGCUUCUGUUUGGGUUUCUGAUCGUGAUUUAUAUUUAUUCAGAGGAAUAACAGAGGGUGGAUCUGUUCCCGGCGCGAGCAUGCUCACAACCAGCCGACUCUCCCAUUAUCCAACUGCCUAGUUUGGUGCUUCAAUGUACAUGGCUAUUCCGUGUGCAUAUGUGUGUAUACAAACACGCAUGCAUGCCUGGAUGGACAUACGUAUGCACAGGUUAUUUUUUAAGGACAAUUCUUUCAAUAAGGUCUUUACCCCUUACUUGAAACAGGUGUUCAUGAAAAAAAUGCACAAAAUCCUGCCUGGCCGGAAUAAUUCAUGAAGAAGGGGCUGGAUCCGUGGGUCAGAGAACACAGGACCAGUUUGCCAUCCCAAGGCCGAAGGCCUCCCUCCAACACAGUUCUCCAAGCUCUAGAAAUCUCUGACACAUCUUGACCAUGAGACCACGGCUGGUUUUUGGCAGGAUUCGAGGCACAAACCCAGCAGCCUCAACCUAGUUCAUGGAGGAGCCUCGCGGGGUCCUGGCCAAGCAAGCCCGCCCCUCUGGUGGGAAGAGCGGCGCCUAGGUGGAGGGUGGCUGCCGCAGGAGUGGACAUGAAUGCUGGCUUUCAGAGAGAACAGCGUUUCAGUUUUGGUCAUCGGAAGUGGUGCCUUCAGCACAGAAGAAGAGCGUGAUUUCUCCUCCGAGGCCGUUGAUCUCCAACCCAGAACUAAAGGGGAGAAGAGCCACCCCCAGCAUCCAGCGUGGCAUCUCUUGUGCCAGGACCAGGGAUGACUGGGCCAUGGACACAGAUGUCUCCAACCUUCAACCGUUUGCAUAGCACACGGGGGACUCGUGGGGGCCACCUGCCACUGCCAGCUGAAACAAUACAAUGGCAAUACUGACAUCCUUCAUGACAUUUUCCCGACAGACAUUCAGGCAGAAAGUGCUGGUGCGUUUUCUGUCUGCAAAGUAGAGGGCCAUGCCUCACCAAUAGAAUAGCUUGGGCCCUGAUGACCUGCUCCGAGUCCACUCACAGCCAGUGACACUUGCAAAAAACUCCCAAAGCCGUCUUGGGUUUGGCUUCCGCAGCUCUUGACCAAUGUGGCCAAAGCUGGACACCUCCUUGGGACACUGGGAUUAUUCAUAAAUGCAGCCCGCCCUGACUCUCCCUGAAUAGCAUCUGAAGUCUUUGUGAAGGUCAUGGAUCCUGAACAAAGUGUCAAGGGCACCAAGAAGGCUGAGGGAAGUCCCCGGAAGCGGCUGACCAAAGGAGAGGCCAUUCAAACCAGUGUUUCUUCCAGCGUCCCAUACCCAGGCAGCGGCACAGCUGCCACCCAAGAGAGCCCCGCCCAAGAGCUCUUAGCCCCGCAGCCCUUCCCGGGCCCCUCAUCAGUUCUUAGGGAAGGCUCUCAGGAGAAAACAGGCCAGCAGCAGAAGCCCCCCAAAAGGCCCCCCAUUGAAGCAUCCGUCCACAUCUCACAGCUUCCGCAGCACCCUCUGACACCAGCAUUCAUGUCGCCUGGCAAACCUGAGCAUCUCCUGGAGGGGUCCACAUGGCAACUGGUUGACCCCAUGAGACCUGGACCCUCUGGCUCCUUCGUGGCCCCUGGGCUCCAUCCUCAGAGCCAGCUCCUUCCUUCCCACGCUUCCAUCAUUCCCCCUGAGGACCUUCCUGGAGUCCCCAAAGUCUUCGUGCCUCGUCCUUCCCAGGUCUCCUUGAAGCCCACAGAAGAGGCACACAAGAAGGAGAGGAAGCCCCAGAAGCCAGGCAAGUAUAUCUGCCAGUACUGCAGCCGGCCCUGUGCCAAGCCCAGCGUGCUCCAGAAGCACAUUCGCUCACACACAGGUGAGAGGCCCUACCCCUGCGGCCCCUGUGGCUUCUCCUUCAAGACCAAGAGUAAUCUCUACAAGCACAGGAAGUCCCAUGCCCACCGCAUCAAAGCAGGCCUGGCCUCAGGCAUGGGCGGCGAGAUGUACCCACAUGGGCUGGAGAUGGAGCGGAUCCCUGGGGAAGAGUUUGAGGAGCCCACUGAGGGAGAAAGCACAGAUUCUGAAGAGGAGACUAGUGCCACCUCUGGUCACCCUGCAGAGCUCUCCCCAAGACCCAAGCAGCCCCUUCUCUCCAGUGGGCUAUACAGCUCUGGGAGCCACAGUUCCAGCCACGAACGCUGUUCCCUGUCCCAGUCCAGCACAGCCCAGUCACUCGAAGACCCCCCUCCAUUUGUGGAACCCUCAUCUGAGCACCCCCUGAGCCAUAAACCUGAAGACACCCACACGAUUAAGCAGAAGCUGGCCCUCCGCUUAAGCGAGAGGAAGAAGGUGAUCGAUGAGCAGGCAUUUCUGAGCCCAGGCAGCAAAGGGAGUACUGAGUCUGGGUAUUUCUCUCGCUCCGAGAGUGCAGAGCAGCAGGUCAGCCCCCCAAACACCAACGCCAAGUCCUACGCUGAGAUCAUCUUUGGCAAGUGUGGGCGAAUAGGACAGCGGACCGCCAUGCUGACAGCCACCUCCACCCAGCCCCUCCUGCCCCUGUCCACCGAAGACAAGCCCAGCCUGGUGCCUUUGUCUGUACCCCGGACGCAGGUGAUCGAGCACAUCACGAAGCUCAUCACCAUCAACGAGGCCGUGGUGGACACCAGCGAGAUCGACAGCGUGAAGCCAAGGCGGAGCUCACUGUCCAGGCGCAGCAGCAUGGAGUCCCCAAAAUCCAGCCUCUACCGGGAGCCCCUGUCGUCCCACAGUGAGAAAACCAAGCCUGAACAAUCACUGCUGAGCCUCCAGCACCCACCCAGUACCGCCCCCCCUGUGCCUCUCCUGAGAAGCCACUCAAUGCCUUCUGCCGCCUGCACUAUCAGCACCCCCCACCACCCGUUCCGAGGUAGCUACUCCUUCGAUGACCAUAUCACCGACUCCGAAGCCCUGAGCCGCAGCAGUCACGUGUUUACCUCCCACCCCCGGAUGCUGAAGCGCCAGCCGGCAAUCGAAUUACCUUUGGGAGGGGAAUACAGUUCCGAGGAGCCUGGACCAAGCAGCAAAGACACAGCCUCCAAGCCCUCGGACGAAGUGGAACCCAAGGAAAGCGAGCUUACCAAAAAGACCAAGAAGGGUUUGAAAACAAAAGGGGUGAUCUACGAAUGUAACAUAUGUGGUGCUCGGUACAAGAAAAGGGAUAACUACGAAGCCCACAAAAAAUACUACUGCUCAGAGCUUCAGAUCGCAAAGCCCAUCUCUGCAGGCACCCACACAUCUCCAGAAGCCGAAAAGAGUCAGAUUGAGCAUGAGCCGUGGUCCCAAAUGAUGCAUUACAAACUGGGAACCACCCUGGAACUCACUCCACUGAGGAAGAGGAGGAAAGAGAAGAGCCUUGGGGACGAGGAAGAGCCACCUGCCUUUGAGUCCACAAAAAGUCAGUUUGGCAGCCCCGGGCCAUCUGAUGCUGCUCGGAACCUUCCCCUGGAGUCCACCAAGUCACCAGCAGAACCAAGUAAAUCAGUGCCCUCCUUGGAGGGACCCACGGGCUUCCAGCCAAGGACUCCCAAGCCAGGGUCUGGUUCAGAAUCAGGGAAGGAGAGGAGAACAACGUCCAAAGAAAUUUCUGUCAUCCAGCACACCAGCUCCUUUGAGAAAUCUGAUUCUCUCGAGCAGCCAAGUGGCUUGGAAGGGGAAGACAAACCUCUGGCCCAGUUCCCAUCACCCCCACCUGCCCCACAUGGACGCUCUGCUCACUCCCUGCAGCCCAAGUUGGUCCGCCAGCCCAACAUUCAGGUUCCUGAGAUCCUAGUAACUGAGGAGCCUGACCGGCUGGACACAGAGCCAGAGCUGCCCCCUAAGGAACCUGAGAAGACUGAGGAAUUCCAGUGGCCCCAGCGCAGCCAGACACUUGCCCAGCUCCCAGCUGAGAAGCUGCCACCCAAAAAGAAGAGGCUGCGCCUGGCAGAGAUGGCCCAAUCAUCAGGGGAGUCCAGCUUCGAGUCCUCUGUGCCUCUGUCUCGCAGCCCGAGCCAGGAAAGCAGUGUCUCUUUGAGUGGGUCCAGCCGCUCAGCCUCGUUUGAGAGGGAUGACCAUGGGAAAGCCGAGGCCCCCGGUCCCUCAUCUGAUACGCGCCCCAAACCCCUGGGCACCCACAUGUUGACUGUCCCCAGCCACCACCCACAUGCCCGAGAGAUGCGGAGAUCAGCCUCAGAGCAGAGCCCCAACGUUUCCCAUUCUGCCCACAUGACCGAGACACGCAGCAAAUCCUUUGACUAUGGCAGCUUGUCCUUGACAGGCCCUUCUGCUCCAGCCCCAGUGGCUCCACCAGUGCGGGUGGCCCCGCCAGAGAGAAGAAAAUGCUUCUUGGUGAGACAGGCCUCUCUGAGCAGGCCUCCAGAAUCUGAGUUGGAGGUUGCCCCCAAGGGAAGACAGGAGAGCGAAGAACCACAGCCCUCAUCCAGUAAACCCUCUGCCAAAAGCUCAUUGUCCCAGAUUUCCUCUGCGGCCACCUCACAUGGUGGACCCCCGGGAGGCAAGGGCCCAGGGCAGGACAGGCCCCCAUUGGGGUCCACUGUGCCCUACACAGAAGCACUGCAAGUGUUCCACCACCCCGUUGCCCAGACACCCCUGCAUGAGAAGCCGUACCUGCCCCCACCAGUCUCCCUUUUCUCCUUCCAGCAUCUCGUGCAGCAUGAGCCAGGACAGUCUCCAGAAUUCUUCUCCACCCAGGCCAUGUCCAGCCUCCUGUCCUCACCAUACUCCAUGCCCCCACUUCCUCCCUCCUUAUUUCAAGCCCCACCGCUUCCUCUCCAGCCUACUGUUCUGCACCCAGGCCAACUCCAUCUCCCCCAGCUCAUGCCUCACCCAGCCAACAUCCCCUUCCGGCAUCCCCCUUCCUUCCUCCCCAUGCCAUACCCGGCCUCCUCAGCACUGUCUUCUGGGUUUUUCCUGCCUCUGCAAUCCCAGUUUGCACUUCAGCUCCCUGGUGAUGUGGAAAGCCAUCUGCCCCAGAUCAAAACCAGCCUGGCCCCACUGGCAACAGGAAGUGCUGGCCUCUCCCCCAGCACAGAGUACAGCAGUGACAUCCGGCUACCCCCUGUGGCUCCCCCAGCCAGCUCCUCAGCACCUACAUCAGCUCCUCCACUGGCCCUGCCUGCCUGUCCAGACACCAUGGUGUCCCUGGUUGUGCCUGUCCGUGUUCAGACCAAUAUGCCAUCCUAUGGGAGCGCAAUGUACACCACCCUUUCCCAGAUCUUGGUCACCCAGUCCCAAGGCAGCUCAGCAACUGUGGCACUUCCCAAGUUUGAGGAACCCCCAUCAAAGGGGACGACUGUAUGUGGCGCAGAUGUGCAUGAGGUUGGGCCCGGCCCUUCUGGGUUAAGUGAAGAGCAAAGCAGAGCUUUCCCAACUCCAUACCUGAGAGUGCCUGUGACAUUACCUGAAAGAAAAGGCACUUCCCUGUCAUCAGAGAGUGUCUUGAGCCUGGAGGGGAGUUCAUCAACAGCAGGGGGAAGCAAACGUGUCCUUUCACCAGCUGGCAGCCUUGAACUUACCAUGGAAACCCAGCAGCAAAAAAGAGUGAAGGAGGAGGAGGCUUCCAAGGCAGAUGAAAAACUUGAGCUGGUAAAACCAUGCAGUGUGGCCCUUACCAGCACCGAGGAUGGGAAGAGGCCAGAGAAAUCCCACUUAGGCAACCAGGGCCAAGGCAGGAGGGAGCUAGAAAUGCUGCCCAGCCUGUCCUCAGAUCCAUCUGACACAAAGGAAAUUCCUCCCCUCCCUCACCCUGCAUUGUCCCAUGGGACAGCCCCAGGCUCAGAAGCUUUGAAGGAAUAUCCCCAGCCAUCUGGCAAACCUCACCGAAGAGGGUUGACCCCACUGAGCGUGAAGAAAGAAGAUUCCAAGGAACAACCUGAUCUCCCCUCCUUGGCACCUCCCAGCUCUCUGCCUCUGUCAGAAACGUCCUCCAGACCAGCCAAGUCACAAGAAGGUACGGACUCAAAGAAGGUACUGCAGUUCCCCAGCCUCCACACAACCACUAAUGUCAGUUGGUGCUAUUUAAACUACAUUAAGCCAAAUCACAUCCAGCAUGCAGAUAGGAGGUCCUCUGUUUACGCUGGUUGGUGCAUAAGUUUGUACAACCCCAACCUUCCGGGGGUUUCCACUAAAGCUGCUUUGUCCCUCCUGAGGUCUAAGCAGAAAGUGAGCAAAGAGACAUACACCAUGGCCACAGCUCCGCAUCCUGAGGCAGGAAGGCUUGUGCCAUCCAGCUCCCGCAAGCCCCGCAUGACAGAGGUUCACCUCCCUUCGCUGGUUUCCCCGGAAGGCCAGAAAGAUCUAGCUAGAGUGGAGAAGGAAGAAGAGAGGAGAGGGGAGCCGGAGGAGGAUGCUCCUGCCUCCCAGAGAGGGGAGCCGGCGAGGAUCAAAAUCUUCGAAGGAGGGUACAAAUCAAACGAAGAGUAUGUAUAUGUGCGAGGCCGCGGCCGAGGGAAAUAUGUUUGUGAGGAGUGUGGAAUUCGCUGCAAGAAGCCCAGCAUGCUGAAGAAACACAUCCGCACCCACACUGACGUCCGGCCCUAUGUGUGCAAGCACUGUCACUUUGCUUUUAAAACCAAAGGGAAUCUGACUAAGCACAUGAAGUCGAAGGCCCACAGCAAAAAGUGCCAAGAGACAGGGGUGCUGGAGGAGCUGGAAGCCGAAGAAGGAACCAGUGACGACCUGUUCCAGGACUCGGAAGGACGAGAGGGUUCAGAGGCUGUGGAGGAGCACCAGUUUUCAGACCUGGAGGACUCGGACUCAGACUCAGACCUGGACGAAGACGAGGAUGAGGAUGAGGAGGAGAGCCAGGAUGAGCUGUCCAGACCAUCCUCAGAGGCGCCCCCGCCUGGCCCACCACAUGCACUGCGGGCAGACUCCUCACCCAUCCUGGGCCCUCAGCCCCCAGAUGCCCCCGCCUCUGGCACGGAGGCUACACGAGGCAGCUCGGUCUCGGAAGCUGAGCGCCUGACAGCCAGCAGCUGCUCCAUGUCCAGCCAGAGCAUGCUGGGCCUCCCCCGGCUGGGACCGGCCCCUCUGGGCUCUGUGGAGAAAGACACAGGCUCAGCCUUGAGCUACAAGCCUGUGUCCCCAAGAAGACCGUGGUCCCCAAGCAAAGAAGCAGGCAGCCGUCCACCACUAGCCCGCAAACACUCGCUAACCAAAAACGACUCAUCUCCCCAGCGAUGCUCCCCGGCCCGAGAACCACAGGCCUCAGCCCCAAGCCCACCUGGCCUGCACGUGGACCCAGGAAGGGGCAUGGGCCCUCUCCCUUGUGGGUCUCCAAGACUUCAGCUGUCUCCUCUCACCCUCUGCCCCCUGGGAAGAGAACUGGCCCCUCGAGCACAUGUGCUCUCCAAACUCGAGGGUACCACCGACCCAGGCCUCCCCAGAUACUCGCCCACCAGGAGAUGGUCUCCAGGUCAGGCCGAGUCACCACCACGGUCAGCACCGCCAGGGAAGUGGGCCUUGGCUGGGCCGGGCAGCCCCUCAGCGGGGGAGCAUGGCCCAGGCUUGGGGCUGGCCCCACGGGUUCUCUUCCCGCCCACGCCUCUACCUCACAAGCUCCUCAGCAGAAGCCCAGAGACCUGCGCCUCCCCGUGGCAGAAGGCCGAGUCCCGAAGUCCCUCCUGCUCACCCGGCCCUGCUCAUCCUCUCUCCUCCCGACCCUUCGCCCUCCAUGACUUCCACGGCCACAUCCCGGCCCGGACAGAGGAGAACAUCUUCAGCCACCUGCCUCUGCACUCCCAGCACUUGACCCGUGCCCCAUGUCCCUUGAUUCCCAUCGGUGGGAUCCAGAUGGUGCAGGCCCGGCCAGGAGCCCACCCCACCCUGCUGCCAGGGCCCACCGCAGCCUGGGUCAGUGGCUUCUCCGGGGGUGGCAGCGACCUGACAGGGGCCCGGGAGGCCCAGGAGCGAGGCCGCUGGAGUCCCACUGAGAGCUCGUCAGCCUCCGUGUCGCCCGUGGCUAAGGUCUCCAAAUUCACACUCUCCUCAGAGCUGGAGGGCAGGGACUACCCCAAGGAGAGGGAGAGGACCGGCGGAGGCCCGGGCAGGCCUCCUGACUGGACACCCCAUGGGACCGGGGCACCUGCAGAGCCCACACCCACGCACAGCCCCUGCACCCCACCCGACACCUUGCCCCGGCCGCCCCAGGGACGCCGGGUAGCGCAGUCCUGGAGCCCCCGCUUGGAGUCCCCGCGUGCACCGGCCAACCCCGAGCCUUCUGCCACCCCGCCGCUGGACCGCAGCAGCUCUGUGGGCUGCCUGGCAGAGGCCUCUGCCCGCUUCCCAGCCCGGAGGAGGAACCUCUCUGGGGAACCCAGGACCAGGCAGGACUCCCCCAAGCCCUCAGGAAGUGGGGAGCCCAGGGCACAUCCACAUCAGCCUGAGGACAGGGUUCCCCCCAACGCUUAGCCUCUCUCCAACUGCUUCAGCAUCUGGCUUCCAGUGUCCAGCAACAGACGUUUCCAGCCACUUUCCUCGAAUCAUCCCACUUCCUCAGCCCCAUCUGUCCCUCCGUCCAGGAGCUCUCACGGCCCCAUCUGUUGUACCUUCCCAUGUAUGCAGUUACCUGUGCCUUUUUCUACACCUUUUGUUGCUUAAAAAGAAACAAAACAAAUCACAUACAUACAUUUAAAAAAAAACAACAACCCAUGAGGAGUCUGAGGCUGUGAAUAGUUUAUGCUUUUGGGGAAAGGCUGAUGGUGAAGCCUCCUGACCCUCCCCGCUGCGGUUGGCAGCCACCCACCCCAGAGGCUGGCAGAGGGAAAGGGGUACACUGAGGGAGAAAGGAAAAGGAAACUUCAAACAAUAUAGAAUUAAAUGUAAAAGGAAGCACUCCUGUGUACAGAUGCGAUCAAGAUUCCUGUUUAUUGCCACUUUACCCCCCUGCCCAGCUCGUAGCCACCCCUCUCUGCCAGCAGAAAGGCCAGUGUCCCCAGGCAGAGGGGCACAAACACAGGCAGGUGACCCCCACCCAGGCCCCAGCAGCCAGGCCCAGAAAAACUAAUCUUUUCCUUUUUUUUUUUUUUUUUU